AUGUUCGACCUGGAGCGGGGCUGGAACUUCUCCUUCACCGGCUGCGGUUUCCUGGGCUUUUAUCACACCGGGGUCCUCACCUGCCUGAACGAGCGCGCCCCGCACCUGCUGCUCGGAGCCCGCAAGCUCUACGGAGCCUCCGCCGGGGCGCUCAGCUGCGCCAUCCACCUCUGCCAGAUUCCUCUGGAUGUUCUCUGUGAGAUCCUUGUGGAUUUGGUCCGAAGAGCCCGGUACCAAAACAUUGGGGUGCUCCACCCGUCCUUCAACCUCUCCCGGAACCUUAGAAAGAUAUUGGACAAGCACCUCCCUGGCAAUGCCCACCAACUGGUGUCGGACAAGCUGUGCGUCUCCCUCACCCGCGUGGCCGACGGGAAGAACGUCCUGGUGUCUCACUUCCUCUCCAAACAAGAUGUCAUCGAUGCACUCAUUUGCUCAUCUUUCAUCCCGAUUUACUGCGGAUGGAUCCCGCCUUCAUUCCGAGGAGAGCGUUACGUGGAUGGGGGCAUCAGCAACAACCAGCCCCAAGGGGAGGACAGCGCGACGAUCACCGUGUCCCCAUUCUACGGCGAGUGCGACAUCUGCCCGAGGGUCCCGAUGUCCAAUUUAUUUUGCGUGACCAUGGCCAACCUCAGCUUUCGGCUGUGCCAGGAAAACUUCUACCUGCUCACCAGGACCUUAAUCCCCCCAGAGCCACAGGUCGUUACAGAGCUCUGCCAUCAAGGGUACUUGGAUACUUUCCACUUCUUGGAAGACCACGGCCUCCUGAAGCCACCGGCUCCCUGCUCAUGUCUGCCGCCCAUCCCCAGCUCUGCCCCUCCAGCCACAGGUUGUGGACUGGAGGACCAUCGGGAGGCUGAUACUCUGCCCGCCCUCCAGCACCAGACCAUCGUGCCCCGGAAUGAGAGGAUCUCCGACAUCCUGUCGUCCGGUCUGUUCAAAGCACUGACCUGGGCAUUGGCACAGCAGGGUGGACUCCAGGCCCAGAUUUCUCGCCUGCUGCCUGUGCAGAUCCUGUCCUGCCCGCUGCUGCCCUGCACACUACCUGUGGAGUCUGCCCUCUGGACUGUCCGCAGGUUGAUCGAGUGGAUUCCUGACAUCCAAGAGGACAUUCGGUGGCUGCUAGAGGAGAUGAACGGCGCCUUCUGGCCUCAGCCACGAGGGUUUCUCGCGGGCACAAACAGGCGCUCUAAUGGCGGCCGGGGGCGUCCAACGCCCCCCAGGACCGCCCCUUCUGCUAAAACGCGGGUGCCCCUGGGGGCGUCGCCAGACCCCGCGUUGUAG